AUGCUUGCCUCACUUCUCUCGGCGCUUGCACGUCGUGAAAUAGAUGGAGACUCGUGCACUUUCGAAAUAUGCAACAUUGACGACUCUUACUAUGGCUACCGCCCGUCACGCGCGGCAAAUAUUGCUUUUGCCGCAAUUUUCGGUUUCUCCCUUGUUGCAUUUGUCCUACAAUCCUUCAUUUCGAGGAGGUUUUUAGGAUUUUCUAUCGCAAUGAUCCUUGGUACUCUGUGCGAACUAAUUGGGUACAUUGGCCGGAUCUUAAUGUACAACAACCCGUGGGCACAAAAUCCGUUUAUGAUCCAAAUUUGCUGCUUGACAAUUGCACCGGCCUUCCUCGCCGCGGGUAUAUACUUCUGCCUCUCAAGAAUCGUCACAACGUUCGGUCGCGAAAAUUCCCGCAUUCCCGCAGCUUGGUAUCCGCGAAUUUUCAUUCCCUGCGACAUCCUCGCACUGGCCCUCCAAGGCGCUGGAGGCGGGAUCGCCAGUUCCGCCGAUUACGGCACUUCUUUAGCAGAGACAGGCACAAACCUCAUGAUUGCCGGUGUUGUUUGGCAAGUCGCCAUUUUAGCCGUUUUCAUCCUGCUCGCUGUCGACUUCGCUAUUCGAACGUUGCGUCGCAUGCGAUCAAUUGGUGUCGAAGCUCUUGAUCCCAACCACGCUGCUCUCCGUUCAUCAUUCGCUUUCCGUAGCUUCCUUGUUGCCCUCUGUCUGGCAACUCUGUUUAUCUUUAUCCGAUGCGUUUAUCGAAUUGCAGAACUUUCGGAUGGCUGGGAUGGGCCCCUGCUCAAAGAUGAGCCGCUCUUUAUUGGCCUUGAGAGCGUUAUGAUUGUUCUUGCCGUUCUAGUUCUCAACGCAUUCCAUCCAGGCUGGGGCUUUGGCAGAUCAGCUAAUGCUCCCGAGGUGGAGCUGAAAGGACUGGUACCCUAA